UCUUGAAGGUCAGCUGCAAAAAUGGAUAAAGACCAAUUACAGGAACCCAACUCCAUCUGCACCAGUGUCCUUCCUGAAGAUGUAGUUGUUAUAAAGGAUUCAGAUAAAGAUGCUACUGAAGACAGAGAUACUUCUGCAACUGUUCUUCCCAAAGAUUCCUGCUUACCUGUAGCUUCAAAACAUCUGUUUGGCUCAAAAAGCAAACGGAAAUCUUAUUUUGAACUGUCACCAGCAUAUGUGCUUCCUUACCUGGUUUUAAUCAAGAAUUGUCUUGAUUUGCCAUUUCCCACCAUCAAGAAACAAUGUCUCAGAGGAGAAAUACUGUGCAAGAUAGACUCUUUAACGCUGAGGCACAAAAAGAAGAAGCAGCCUACUUCACUUGAGCCAGAAAAAGUACCAACACUUCAAGAAACUAAAUAUGUAACUUUUGAAGGCCUGGAGGACCUACAGUGGAAAUUAUUCAAAGGUCUGCUAAAACGAAAACCAAAAACAACGGGAAUUUGGAGGGAAGCAAAAUACACAAAGAAACCUGUUACAACUGUUAUUUAUCAAGGAAAAGAACACAUCAUUCCCCUAUUACCUAAAGAUUGGAUAAUUGAUGAGUCCCUCAAGUUUUCCAAGGAAAAGAUUUUUUCCUUCUUUUUAGAAAAUGUGUCACACCUGUAAAUAUGUAGCUGUCCCUGAAGUUCGGAAAGAAUCUAUGUAAACAAGCAAUAAACAACACCUUGUGCUGGACAUACAGUGUGAUGCCAUUAAGUAAUUUGCUUAUUGUAACAUAAAAUA